AUGUCGUUCUCCAACACUUCUACAGGGGAUGCUCCCGCCGAUCCUUAUAAGAAGGCGAACAAAGAUGAGGUCGGCCUCAAGACCAAGGUUGAUGACUUGGUUGAAUUUAUCAACAAGUGCAAGUUCAGCAUGAUGACCACUCGAGGUUCUUCCUCGGGCAACCUCGUUUCUCGAUGCAUGGCACUGGCUGCUACAGAGACCGACGGAAUCGACCUUCUCUUCCACACUAAUACCGAGUCUGGCAAGACGGACGACCUCGCUGCCGACCCCCAUGUCAACAUAUCCUUCGUCAAUGCCUCGGGCGAGUGGGCGUCCAUUGCAGGGACUGCAACCAUCAAAACAGACCGUAAUUUGGUGUCAAAGCAUUACACACCGACAUUGAAAGCCUGGGUCGGUGAUUUGGGAGAUGGGAAACAUGAUGGCUCCGAGAACGACCCCCGCAUUGGAAUGAUUUUGGUUAGGAUGGUAUCUGCGACGUACAUGUUGACGGCCAAGAACAUAUUCAGCCGUGCCGCCGAGAUCGCCACGAGCGCCGUCACGGGCAAGCCCGCCGAGGUCAACAGGCUGCGAGAAAUAUCAGAGGUCGAUGUUCAAACCUGGCGCAAUACCCAAGCUGUGUUGACCGUUUGA